CUGUCUGUCUUUUACUGUUUUUCAGGUGAAUCGCUUAUUGACGCAAGGCGGUUUUUCAUCAAGAAUAGAUUUCGGGUUUUUUGCGGGAAUAAGGCAAAGGUACCCAAACAUGAUUCGAGGGGAAUAGAAGAUACUGCUAAGAAGCUUUUUGGAACUGGGCAUAUGGGUAGUUUUUCCAAAGACAAACCAAAAGUAAUGGUCACGGUAUCCGAUACUAGAAGAUCUCCUGCCAAUCUUGUGUUGUUCCGUUCUUUUUCCCCACAAAUACCGAAAUCAUUGAGGAAACAACUAGAUUACUUGGACCCCGAGAAAAUUCUCAUAUGGAAAGCCGCUCGUUGUACCAGUGCUGCUCCAUAUUACUUCGAUUCCUACAAUGGGCUUUCGGAUGGAGGUCUGGUGGCCAACAAUCCGACUCAGGCUUUAAUUGCCGAUUUUCUUCAAACAACA